GUAUAUCUAUACACGUGUAUAGUUCAAACCUCAGAACCACCAACAAAUCACCUCUGUUUCUACCUCUCUUCAGCCCUAAUUUAAUCUAUCAGAACGAGGAGCUUUGAUACCACUCCUGCAACGAUGGAGGCCCCGACGAUGAUGGGUACAACACUCCGGCGAUGAUGGGUACAACGAUGGUGGGUUCGGCAAUCCAAUCAGACCACCCCCAAAUCUGCAUCCAAAACUCCGAUCACGAUGACGGCUCAAGCGACGAACAAUAUGUGCAGGUGCAGUGGUGCUUACUGAUUGUGUCUUUUGGUUCAUAAUUUUUCCGUUUCUCACCUUCGAUGAUUACAGCUGGGUUUUUUUUUAAACAAAACGACGUCAUUUUGAGAUGACAUCAACAUGAUGUCAGCCGUUGUGUAAGUUUGUUGUGCGGGGAUGUUGUGUGUGUAGCAUUUUUGAAGCAAAAAACAGCCGAGCACUGUUAUGGUGAUCAAGUUUUAGAGAGAGAGAGAGAGAGAGAGGAGGGAGAGGAUGAUAGUCCGAGCACUCUCUCCAUCGAAGCUCAAACACCUCCGUCCAUUCUCUCACUUCGCCUAUACACACACCACAACACCACCUGCACCUGCAUCUCUUCCAUUAAUCUUUUAUCCCCAAACAAAUCCCAACCCCCAAAACCCUACCAAAGCCCUACUAAUAAACCCCUCACAACCCUUCCUCCUCAGACCCUUCUCCUCCCAAACCAACCCCCCUAAAACCCCAACAACCACUUUACCCCUCAACAGAGAUGGAAAUUACAACGAAAAACCCACCUCCUCCCCAUCUCCCUUCCCCAUUUGCCCCGGUUGUGGCGUCCCAAUGCAAUACUCUGACCCUAAACAACCUGGGUUUGUCAUCAACCCAAUCCCCAAAACACCUAACUACAAAUCUCCCAUCGAUCGAAACCCAGUUGCAGAGGAACCCGAGAUAUCAAAUUCCCUCAAAAGGGGCAUGCUCAAUGAGCUAGUGGAACCCGAAAACGACGAAAACCCUAACCCUAGUUUUCUUGAAAAGCUUGUGGUUUGCUCCAGGUGCCACAGCCUGAGGCACUACGGGAGGGUGAGGGAUCCGACGGUGGAGAAUUUGUUGCCGGAUUUCGAUUUCGAUCAUACGGUUGGGAGGAAGUUAAAUUCGACGGCGGGGGCGAGGACAGUGGUUUUGGUGGUGGUGGACGCGGCGGAUUUCGACGGGUCCUUCCCCAAGAAGGUGGCCAAGUUGGUGUCCACCGCCAUCGAUGAGAAUUACGCCGUGUGGAAGGAGGGCAAGUCGGGAAAUGUGCCUAGGGUUGUGUUGGUGGUGACAAAGAUUGAUCUUUUGCCGAGUUCGUUGUCUCCGACUCGGUUGGAGCAUUGGGUUCGGACCCGAGCGAGAGAGGGAGGGGCUAGUAAGAUAACAAGUGUGCAUUUGGUGAGUGCAAUGAGGGAUUGGGGGUUAAAGAAUCUGUUUGAUGAUGUGGUGGGAUUGGCUGGUCCUAGAGGGAAUGUGUGGGCUAUUGGGGCACAGAAUGCGGGGAAGUCAACGUUGAUCAAUUCGAUAGGGAAACAUGUUGGGGGGAAGAUUGUGCAUUUGACUGAGGCGCCCGUGCCGGGUACUACAUUGGGGAUUGUUAGGGUUGAGGGGGUACUGCCGAGUCAGGCGAAGCUGUUUGAUACGCCGGGACUUUUGCACCCUCAUCAGAUUUCGACAAGGUUGACUAGGGAAGAGCAGAAACUUGUGCAGAUUAGCAAGGAGUUGAAACCCAGAACGUAUAGAAUCAAGGCAGGGCAUUCAGUUCAUAUUGGUGGACUGAUGAGGUUAGAUAUAGAGGAAUUGUCAACAGAUUCUAUUUAUAUCACCGUGUGGGCAUCUCCUUACCUUCCAUUACACAUGGGGAAAACUGAGAAUGUACAAAAAAUGCUGGAGGAUCAUUUUGGUCGUCAAUUACAGCCACCAAUUGGGGAAAAACGAUCUGAGGAGCUUGGGCAAUGGGUUAGGAAAGAAUUCCGUGUCUCUGGCAAUUCUUGGGACUCAAGCUCUGUAGACAUUGCUGCUGCAGGUCUGGGUUGGUUUGCUAUUGGGCUUAAAGGAGAGGCUUCUUUAGGAGUUUGGACUUAUGAUGGAAUUGAUGUUAUUCUACGCAAUUCUCUGAUUCCCGAUAGAGCGAGGAGUUUUGAAGUCGCAGGGUUUACGGUCUCAAAAAUUGUCUCCAAAGCUGAUCAAACUUCAAACAAGUUGAAACGCCAAAGUGGAAAGAAGCAGAAGCGGAGUCCCUUGAAAGCUGAAGCAGCUUUGGCCCCAAUAACUCACUCCCACAUCAGUUAAAGUGGGAUCUGACAUCCUAUAUUUUUACCUUCCAGAGUAACGUUGGUCCCAAGUUGGUACAACCCUUGGUUUCGGUUCUGCUGAAGUGGCUGACUACAAGUGAUCGGGACCUAAGAUGAGGUGAUGGACUCAAGACAAUUUCUUGAUAAGUUCACACCAUGAUACAGAUCUUUUCUUAGAACUAGGAAAAUUCAGCAAUGGUUUUGUGGCGUGGAAGUAAUGAUUAGCGGGGUUCUCCUUGUGCAGAAGUAUUUGGGUGAGGCUUCGUUUGUUCGAAUGGCCUGGAAGAGCGGUAACAUGAAAUCAAAUUGUCAGAUUGAUUAGGCGAACAUGCGAACAGUGAUGCCCUCUUUCGGUGCUCUGGUAGUCCCUUACCUGCUACAAUUUUAGCCAGUUAUGCAUUUGACCAAGCCGAUCGUACUUUGUGCUCGACCUGUCUUCGCAUCGUGUUCUCCUCUGGUGACUUGAUUUCCUAAUGUACGAGAAACUUUUACUUCUCAGAUGUAAGGAUUUUCGCUGCCGGUUUGAUAUUUUUGGUUUAUUUGUUUAUUUCAUUCUGAUGUUGGGAACUCUACGAGGAACUCUACGACGGGUGUCCAAAAUUUUUGCUAUUUGCAUUGAUGAAUCUUACCGCAACUAACAUGAUCUUCCAAACAA